ACUCUGGCACUCUCACUCUCACUUCCCAUACUCUUCUUCCUCUAUAAAAACCUCUCUCUUUCCCUCUUCACAAACCAAACUUAAUUAUCCAUAGCUAUGAAGCUCCAUCUCCUCUCCCUACCCCUCCUCUUCUUCUUCUUCUUCCUCACCCUCUCCCACGGUCUCAACCCCAAAUGCAACAUCCCUGACCGCGGCUCAACCCUCCAGGUUUUCCAUGUCUUCAGCCCUUGCUCUCCCUUCAGACCCUCCAAGCCCGUGUCCUGGGAAGAAAAUGUGCUGCAAAUGCAGGCCAAAGACCAGGCCCGCCUGCAGUUUUUGUCCAGCCUUGUGGCCAGAAAAUCAGUGGUGCCGAUUGCCUCCGGCCGGCAGAUAAUCCAGAGCCCUACUUAUAUUGUUAGGGCGAAGAUUGGAACCCCUGCUCAAACCAUGCUUAUGGCUAUGGAUACCAGUAAUGAUGCCGCUUGGGUUCCUUGCACUGGCUGUGUUGGCUGUGGCUCUACUGUCUUUAACACCGCCAAGUCUUCUUCUUUCAAGCCUGUUGGUUGCCAGGCCGCUCAAUGCAAACAGGUACCAAACCCCACUUGCGGCGGCACCACCUGCUCAUUCAACCUCACCUACGGUAGCUCCACCGUCGCAGCCAACCUCUCACAAGACAACAUCACUCUAGCCACUGAUUCAAUCUUCAGAUACACCUUUGGCUGCAUAGCAAAAGCCACAGGCAGCUCUGUGCCUCCCCAAGGUCUAUUGGGCCUUGGCCGUGGCCCGCUAUCGCUUCUGUCCCAAACCCAAAACUUGUACCAAUCCACAUUUUCUUACUGCCUUCCUAGCUUCAAGUCCGUCAACUUUUCUGGGUCAUUGAGACUUGGGCCCAUUGGCCAGCCCAAGAGGAUCAAGUACACACCGUUAUUGAAGAACCCAAGAAGAUCUUCACUUUACUAUGUGAAUUUGAUGGCAAUUAGGGUUGGAAGAAAAGUUGUUGAUAUCCCACCCACUGCUUUUGCAUUCAAUCCCACUACUGGUUCAGGAACCAUCAUUGAUUCUGGCACGGUUUUCACCCGGCUAGUCACACCAGCAUACAUUGCAGUGAGAGACGAGUUUCGGAAACGGGUUGGCCGAAACUUAACAGUGACAACCCUAGGUGGAUUCGACACGUGUUAUUCGGUCCCAAUAGUUGCACCAACGAUAACCUUGAUGUUCUCGGGGAUGAAUGUGACACUCCCACAAGACAACCUGCUAAUCCACAGCACAGCAGGCAGCAUCACAUGCCUAGCAAUGGCUGCGGCCCCUGACAAUGUGAACUCAGUGCUGAAUGUGAUAGCCAACAUGCAGCAACAAAACCACAGGUUUCUUUUCGAUGUACCCAAUUCCAGGCUCGGUGUGGCCCGUGAGCCCUGCAGCUGAGUUUGAUGGCUUUUCGUGUUUGUUUGGUACUAAUUUUUAAGAGGAAAAAGGGCCAAAUUAAAAUUAUUUUGUAGCUUUUUGUAAUGGGUUCGUGAUUUGUCACGGGUUCUCUGUAUUUGUCCAGGUGUUUGCAUUUUCUUCAAGAUGAUGAUAAUUUAUGUCACGGGUGACUAGAAGUCUUUCAUGUACUUUUUUUUUGUUAAAAUAAUUCUAAUCAAUCAAUAAUACACCCCCUGGUUUCUUUAUAGUUA